GCCCGGAAGGGGCCAGUCGCGCUUCCGUCUCCGCCGGGGAUGCACGGAGGGCGGAGCUGCGGCCCGAGGACGCGACGCGAGCCCAGUUCCGGCGAGGAGGCCGCGCCAGUGACAGCGAUGGCGGCGGAGUCGGCGCUCCAAGUUGUGGAGAAGCUGCAGGCGCGCCUGGCCGCGAACCCAGACCCUAAGAAGCUAUUGAAAUAUUUGAAGAAACUUUCUACCUUGCCUAUCACAGUAGACAUUCUUGCGGAGACAGGGGUUGGGAAAACAGUAAAUAGCUUUCGAAAACACGAGCAUGUUGGAAGCUUUGCCAGGGACCUAGUGGCCCAGUGGAAGAAGUUGGUUCCUGUGGAACGAAACACUGAGCCUGAUGAACAGGACUUUGAGAAAAGCAAUUCCCGAAAGCGUCCCAGGGAUGCUAUUCAGAAGGAGGAGGAUCUAGAAGGGGACUAUCAGGAAAACUGGAAGGCUUCCAGUAGCCGAUCAUACAGCCCUGAUCACAGACAGAAAAAAAAUAGGAAACUCUCAGAGCUUGAGAGAACUCACAAAGUGUCUCACGGCCAUGAGAGGAGAGAUGAGAAAAAGAGGUGCCACAGAAAUUCACCAGUUUACUCUUCAGACCAUGAGUCUUCUGAUUAUGGCCAUGUUCAGUCCCCUCCAUCAUGUGCCAGUCCUCGUCAGAUGUCCGUGGACCACUACAGAUCCCCGGAUGAGGACCCUGAGCCCUCCGUUCCACACCAGAAGGUUGGAAGGGGCCACACCAAUGCCCUUCAGGACAGACUGGGGGUUGGUCAGGAGCGACACCUGGGUGAGUCCCAGGGGAAAGGGGCUGUGAGUCAGAGCAAGGAGCACAAAUCUUCCCAUAAGGACAAGCACUCGGGAGACACCAAGGUGGGUCAGAAGUCCUCUUUGAGCAGGGAGAAGUCACAGAAGGCCAUCUGCAGAGAGGAAAACCAAAGGCUGCUCUCUGGGGAUGGAACAAAGGAGAAAGCUAGUGGUGUCAAGAAGGAGAAGGAAAAAGAGGCCAGUGCCAAGAAGAAGUUGUUACCCCCUUUGGAGGUUACUUCCGACAACCACCUUAAAAAGCCAAAGCACAGAGACUCAGAGAAAACCAAGUCAGACAAAAAUAAGCAAAAUAUAAACAGCUUAGACAUAGGAAAGGGGGCAGGAGACUUGUUGCCCAAGGUAAAAGAGAAGGUUUCUAACAACUUAAAGAAUCAAGAAGGGAAAGUGAAAACUUCUCAUUUGGAUCGGAAGUCAGUGGGCUCCUUUCCAAAAGGUGAGGAUGCGGACAUGGACGAUGAAUUUGAGCAACCCACCAUGUCUUUUGAGUCAUACCUCAGCUACGAUCAGCCCCGGAAGAAAAAGAAAAAGAUUGUAAAAACUUCCACCACAGCUCUUGGAGAAAAAGGACUUAAAAAGAAUGAUUCUAAAAGCACUAGUAAAAAUUUGGACUUGGUUCAGAAAUUACCUAAGGUGAAUGAAAACAAGUCAGAGAAGCUGCAGACUUCUGGAGCCAACUCAGCCAAGCUGAAAAAGGUCCCCACCGAUCUAUUGCCAGUGUUGCCAGACCUCCCACUCCCCGUAAUACAGACCAAUUACCGUCCGCUCCCUUCCCUUGAACUGAUCUCCUUACAACCAAAGCGAAAAGCACUCUCUUCACCCCUCGAAGAGGAAGAAGCUGGAUUCACUGGACGAAGAAUGAAUUCUAAGAUGCAGGUGUAUUCUGGUUCCAAGUGUGCCUAUCUCCCCAAAAUGAUGACUUUGCAUCAGCAGUGCAUCCGGGUCCUUAAAAAUAAUAUUGACUCAAUCUUUGAAGUGGGAGGUGUCCCGUAUUCUGUCCUUGAACCCGUUUUGGAGAGGUGUACCCCUGAACAGCUAUAUCGCAUAGAAGAAUACAAUCACGUAUUAAUCGAAGAAACAGAUCAAUUAUGGAAAGUUCACUGUCACCGAGACUUUAAGGAAGAAAGACCUGAAGAGUAUGAGUCUUGGCGGGAGAUGUACCUGCGGCUCCAAGACGCCCGGGAGCAGCGGCUGAGAUUACUGACGAAGAACAUCCAGUCUGCGCAUGCCAACAAGCCCAAAGGCCGACAAGCAAAGAUGGCUUUUGUCAACUCUGUGGCCAAGCCACCUCGUGAUGUUCGAAGGAGGCAGGAGAAGUUUGGAACAGGAGGAGCAGCUGUGCCUGACAGAAUCAAGAUUAAGCCAGCUCCCUUCCAUUCUGGAAGUGGCCACACUUCCGCCAAUAGUGGUUGCAGCAACAGCUUUAACUCCAGCCCAGAGGAGCCCGCCUACGACGGCCCAAGCACCAGCAGCGCCCAUUUGGCACCCAUGGUCAGCAGCACUGUGUCCUAUGAUCCCAGGAAACCAACUGUGAAGAAAAUCGCCCCAAUGAUGGCCAAGACAAUUAAAGCUUUCAAGAACAGAUUCUCCCGAAGAUAAACGGAGGACUUGCCUUGGAGAUGAAAUUUGGGGGGAGGAAUAUAAGGACAAUGGGAUUGGAGAACGGACUUCCAAAGGAGACCAGAGUCCUUGGUCUCUGAAUUCUGCACAGUUUGCUGGGGCUCCUCUGUGGGCCUGUGCGCAGCCACUGCCUCCUGCCUGGAGAAUGCUUCAGAGCGCCGAGGAAGAUGUGAAGCCUCAGUCUCACUGAGGAUUUUAAGGUCAAUUAUACUUUUGUUGUUAAUUAGCUUCUUUGUAAACUACCAGACAUAGUUUUAAUGAAUAAAUAUUGCCCCCAGAUUGUAUUUAUAUUAUCCCCAGGUUAUUUUGUUUUGUUUGGGGGUGGUUUCCUUUUUUGGUCCUCUACCACAUGCUUGGCCCUUUAUUUUCAGGGCCCUUUAUUAAAGUUAGUUGAAAGCCUAGUGAAAGCCAUUCCCCUGCCCAGUUCAGCUCUCCUGAGCCAACAGUCCAGGACUGGGCAGUCCUGACAGAGCCUGAGUGGUGCCUGUUGCUCAUGGGCCCAGGAGUGGGUGCUGGGCUGCCCAUUGAAGGGAACUCAACAUGGACAGACCCGCACAUCCUGCCCCUGCUCAGUGUUGCUUUGAGUCCUAUGCAGGUGCAUCUCUCUCACUCACUAAAUAGUAUUUAUUAAGGGAGGUUAUCUGUAAAGGUCUAGUCUUUCCUCUAACAUUUUAGCCAGUUCCCUUUUUUUUUUUUUUUUGAGGCUCAAUGGAGGUCACAGAAUUUGGGAGAUCAAUUUGCACAGAACCCCCAGCAUUUUACCAGUUUCUGAUUCAGAACUUUAGGUCUUUUCGCUCCCCUGCUUUCCCUUCUCACUAGCAUGGGGGUAAAGCACAGGCACACGGCAGGGCUUUUUGUAGCUCCUGAACACAACUUUAGAGUUUUAAAUGCCAGCACUUUAAUCUCUUGUUGCCUAUGAAUUGUUACUACAAGAGAAUGGUUUUUAAAGUCACAAUGCUAUGUUGGAAAUUGUUUUCCUUUUUUCUUUAAAAGGUAAGAUCAUGUGAUUGCAAGAGCACAAGUUUGCUCUGUUUUGCAGAGAACUGUGCAGGUGAUGCUCUCUCUACCUUCUGGGUGCUGAAGCCAGGAUUUGGAAGAAAGGGCCAACUUAGGGAAGAAGGCAGGAUUAUCAGGAUGAGGGAGUCCCUUGGGGACAUCCAUCCAGUUAGGGGAGGAAGGCUCUCACUUUCCACUUGCUAUUGGUGAGAUCAGAAUUAGGAGGACAGUGGUAGGGCCUGUCUUGGCUGUUGAACUCUGAUCCAGUAGGAGCACACUGGUUGUCACACAGAUGGAAGCAGAUGCUUUGACUCUGAGGUGCCGGUCUUUCGCAAACCUGAGCAGCAACGGAGGGCAUGGCUACAGUGAUAACCUGAGGGGCCAGGCAGUCCGCUCCUGCUCACACUUGCUCACCCUUGGCUCACGGCCCUGGCUGUGGAGCCCCCUGUUUUUAACUAUCCUGCACACCCCAGGCCAGCUUUGCAGAAGCCAGAGCAAUGCAGAAAACCUGUGCAACAAAAGCACUGUUGGGCACACACUGCAGUGAGAGCACCUGUGGCAGCUGGAUACAUGAUAUUGAUACAUGGUAUCGCUGUGUUUUAAUUUGCUGUAUUUCUUAACUGGGUAAAGCAUUGUUUCCUUUGAUCAUCUGUAUUGCCCUUCCACUCUGUUACCCAGCCUGUUCCCAAAUGUGAUACAGGAAGCCUCUUACUCUAAAACGCAAUGAACAUCUGGGUCAGCUACCAGACAUCUGUUCCCUAGAAUAGCUUCCCCAAGGUUUCCCACACCUUGACUUGUCUCUUAGCUUUGUGUCUGAUCUCCAGCCUUGAGUCCAGUUCCUAUUUUCGACUCAGUUGUGCGUCAUCUUACUGCCUUUACUAGGAGUCUUUGGGCAGAGCGGGAAGAUGGGACACAUACUUACUCAUCCCAGCAUCACUACCCAUUUCUGGCACAAAGCAUUGCCUCUGGUUACAUAGAGCCAGAUCUUUCCCUCCUCCUCCUCCAAGCGUGUCUGCAUCAGGGAUGUGACUUGGCAAGAAGAGUGAGGAGGGAGGGGAAAAACUAACAUCUUCGCGACCUCCUCACCCAGGUUAUUGAAAUGGCUGCAGAGCAGACACAAGAUGACGUGGUCUCAUUUGUGAAAACUUGUGCAGUUUUUUACCCUGUGCUACACUACAUACAAAUCACCCGUUCCAAAUUAACCCUUUGUGACCCUUGGUGCAAUGAGCAGCUUCUUUGGGGGCUUUCUCUUUCUGGGAAGUGGGAGGGAAAGGAGCAAGGUCUUAUCUUGCUCUUCAUUUGUAUUUUGGUCCCAAAAUGUAAAUACAAUUUUCUAUGUUACUUUUUUGUGGUAACUACCAAGAUGAAUAUUUUAAUUAGAUAAGUUAUAUGAAAAGGAAAUUCCAUGUCUAAAUAAAAAACAAA